CCAAAGGUGAGAUUUGUGCACAGGUGUGUCAAGGUAUCAAGGUAGUUCCUGUUGCACGUAAUGUGUAACCACCUUGAUGUGUACUGUAAAUAUACUUUCUCACAAUGGCGGCCCAAGAGGAACUAUUUCAAAUGAAACUCAUUACAGAGCUGUCCAAUCAAGCUGUCCAUGAGUAUGAGGGUCUUCAGAGGGAGCAUGAGAGAGCCACCAUGGAGUGUCAACGGAUGCAGGCAGAGAGAGACGAAGCAGUCAAAAGGCUUGAAGAGUUUCAAAAAGUGUCCCACAUGGUCAUUGAAGAGGUCAACAGCAUUCAGGAUAACCUGGACAUAGAGAGGACAUGCAGACAGAGUGUGGAAGCCCUGGCCUCCAAGUUGAACCGGCAGAACUGCUCCUUGAAGAGGAAGAGUAUGUUGUACCUGGCCCACCUGGGGCCGGAGACCAUUGCUGAGAUCGGCCUGGAGGAUGAAGAAGAGGAGGAGGAGAGUGGGGAGACCCAGGUAGAAAAAGAGUGCUUAUCAGCCCACUGCCAGAGCACCAUCACAGAACUGAAGAAAAAAAUUGAGUUGACACUGGAGGAGAAAAAGCAAGCCACCAUUGAUCAUGAGGCUACAAGAGACGAGCUAAGGGACAUCAGAGAAGAAUUGCUGAAGGAAAAACAUGAUAAUAUGGUUUUGAUUGCUGAGACAGUCCGACAAAAGAAGAUCUUGGCAAAAUACAACAGAGUGUCGCUGUUUGCCGUGGAGGAGUACGAGGCCCUGCAGGAAAACCUGGAUCUGGAGAAGGAGCUGAGGGCAGAGGCAGAGAAAUUUGCACGAGAGAUGCUGGUUGAGCAGAAGAAGCUGAACAGACAGAGUCAGAUUCUCCUAAAGAGCUCAUCACCCAGUGAGGCCCUGCAGGCAGCCCUCACUGAUGUCACCAGGCUCACCCAGGCCCUGGAGAGCCAGAGGCUGGAGCACCAACAACAGAUGAAGGGGAUUGAGGAGCAGCUCAGGGGUUCAGAGCUACAUAAGGAGGUGCUGGCGUUACAACGUAAGCUAGAGCUCCUGGCAGAGGAGAAGAGGGAGCACGAGGAGAGAUGUUCCAAGGCUAAGGUGGAGGCCAAGGAUCUCAAGUUUACUGUUGAGGAACUGCAGAAGAAGCUCCAGGCCCUUUCUAACCCUCCGCCUGCUCCAGCCCCUCCACCUCCGCCCCCGCCACCCCCUCCUCCACCACCAGCCCCACUCACCAACCCUCUCGGUUCACUGCUAUUGAUGAUUCGCAAAAAGAAAAAUAUCAGUAGGGAUAUUCCAUUAGUGGUUCAAGACUCAGCAAAGGAGCCAGAGAUGGAUAUCAGGCAACAAGCUGUGGAUGAGAUGAUGCAGAGAAUCAAAAGGGGGGUUCACCUCCGACCCGUGGGCCAGGCCCCCAACAAAACCAAGCCCGUCCAGCGAGAAAGGGUACCCUCUAAUUCUGCCAUUCAGGAACUUAAAGGAAUUCUGGACACUUUCAAAAGGCCCUCCCCCCACCUUAAAGUUGGAUCUCCAUCAACAAACACUGAGUCUGAGCUGGAGAGAGUUCUACAGAGACGACGGGGCGCAUUCAAGACCUCACAGGAAAGUUGUUUGGCGUCCUCACCUCGUCCCUUCCCCAGCAGUGUUCUGGAUGUCACCAGGGUGAGAGGGGACCAUCCCCAGACCAAGCAGAACUCCCAGGACUCUGUCCCGCUCUAGGCCCACUCAGCUGACCUGAGUCCUUGCCACUAGCACCCCAGGGCCCUGGACAAGAGACCUGCACCUGUCAAUGCUGCAGUCAGCUCUCUGGUGAAGGAAAGAAGACCUCAGAGUACAAAGCCUGUCUGGUGUCCCCACUGCACUACACAGGGUUUGGGAGUAAUGAACUACAUUUGGUCCAACUAGUAAUUGAAUUACAUUUUGCAGUAGGUUGGUGGUAGUUGAACUAAAUUCAAACCUAAGUAGUGUUUUCAGUAGUUAAUACAUUUUUUGCCAUGUAGCGGUGUAGCUAACUC